AUGGAGGGAUGCAAACCAUGCCGAACCCCUUUGCCUUCCACCAUGAAGCUUACGGGCAUUGGUGGUGCUUCCUUUGCGGAUCCGAGGCUCUACCACUCUGUUGUGGGGAGUCUGCAAUAUAUAACUAUCACUAGACCUGAAUUGGCAUACAAUGUCAGCAAAGUCUCCCAGUAUAUGCAAAAUCUAUUAAAAGUUCACUGGCUGGUUGUAAAACGUAUUUUGAGAUACCUGGCUGGUACUCUUACUUCUGGUUUAUUAUUGGACAAGGACCCGUCUCUAGAAAUUUUUGCUUACUGUGAUUUGGACUGGGGAGGUGAUCUCGACGAUCGAAAGUCUCAGGGGGGAUAUUUUAUUUUUCUUGGGAAGAAUCUUGUCUCCUAG